UAUAACAUAAGAAAAAACUACCAUCAUAAUAUGCCUAAUACAGCUAGAGGACGAGGCAAUCAAAACGAUAAAGAUAGCCAUCAUGCACAUAGUGAUAGCAUGGAAAGUUCGUCAUCAUCAAACGCACCUGUCUUAAGACCGCAUACAGGUGGAGAUGUCCGAUGGGAAGCCAUCAAUUCUAUUAUUUCAAGAGAUCAUGAUAUUGGGCUUAGCCAUUUCAAACUAUUGAAGAGACUUGGGUAUGGAGAUAUUGGCAGCGUGUAUCUUGUAGAACUUAGAGGAACCAACGCCUUCUUUGCCAUGAAAGUGAUGGACAAAGCUUCGCUAGCUAGUCGGAACAAACUGCUUCGUGCUCAGACGGAAAGAGAGAUCCUCGGUCUUCUUGAUCAUCCCUUUUUGCCGACUCUCUAUUCAUACUUUGAGACCGAUAAGUUUUAUUGUUUGGUCAUGGAAUUCUGCAGCGGAGGUAAUCUCCAUACUCUUAGACAGAAGCAACCCCACAAGCAUUUUUCCGAGGAAGCAACUAGGUUUUUUGCAUCAGAAAUAUUGUUGGCACUUGAAUACCUGCACAUGUUAGGGAUUGUGUACAGGGACCUGAAACCAGAAAAUGUACUUGUUAGAGAUGAAGGUCAUAUCAUGCUCUCUGAUUUUGACCUUUCACUCCGUUGUUCUGUUAAUCCAACUCUAGUCAAGUCCUCCUCUGUGCAUGGAGGCAACCAUAUUGGGGCCAAUGGUGGCAGUGGAGGCGGAGGUGGUGGAAGUGGUCAUGUGGUGGAAGACGACAGCGUGGUGCAGAGUAGCAAUCAAGCAAUGAACUUUUUUCCAAGGAUCCUACCUUCAAAGAAGAAUCGCAAAGCGAAAUCAGAUUUUGGGCUCUUUGUUGGAGGUUCCCUUCCGGAGCUAAUGGCAGAGCCAACUAACGUGAGGUCAAUGUCGUUUGUGGGAACCCAUGAAUACCUAGCGCCGGAGAUCAUACGAGGUGAAGGUCAUGGGAGCGCAGUGGAUUGGUGGACAUUUGGCAUAUUCUUGUAUGAGCUAUUGCAUGGAACAACACCAUUCAAAGGACAAGGGAAUCGAGCCACACUGUUUAACGUAGUUGGACAACCGUUAAGAUUUCCAGAAAAUCCCCAUAUCAGCCAUAUGGCUCGGGAUCUGAUAAAGGGUCUGUUAGUAAAGGAGCCACAAAAGAGAAUCGCGUAUAGGAGAGGUGCAACGGAGAUUAAACAACAUCCAUUCUUCGAGGGUGUGAAUUGGGCACUCGUAAGGAGUGCACAUCCACCGCACAUACCAGAUCCUGUUGAUUUCAGCCAAUUUGCUAGCAAGGAGACCGCAGGAAGCCAAUCUUCCGACAAGAAAGUGUCAGCUGGAAAUGCAGGUGCUAGCACUAAGAGUAGCUCUACUGAUCCUUCUUAUACUAACUUUGAGUACUUUUAGUAUAUUCAAGAAAUCUCCACCCAUCACUUAGUCUUCCAUACUAGAAUGUACAAAGCUAAGUCCAUGUAUUGAUUGAUCAAUCCACUAGAUGGCAGAUACCUAAUAUAUACAUACUUACAUAUGCAUUAGCUUUUGUUCCUUUCGGGUUCUACGUGUUUUGAACCUCAA